GUCACAUUUUGACCCCUGGUCUGUUUUGAUUCUUAUUUCGCCUCACCUGUGUCAAGGGAUUCAGCUCGCUUGGCACUCACCGCGCGCGAUCUGCCAGCUGGGGUUACGGAGCGUCAGUCGUUCAUGUGGUACGGGGUAAGCCAAGCCUAUCUGAUAAGGUAGUGAUAAGAUAUGGAUAAGAUAAGAUAAAGAUUUUGGCGAUAAGCUUUUUCGGCUUCACGUCGAUGGCGAAACGUGCGAACAAGCCGCACUACGAACAGACAUACUCGUGCUCGAGUCAAUGUUGGCCUUGAUUUCACAAUGAUCAAGGCAUGGCAGCCUCGAGGACUGAGUAGGCCUCAACGGCUGCUCAGGGCUCCAACGGCCCCAGCAACACAUCUACGUCUGCUGGGGCGACAGAGAAGCUUUGCCACAGUCUCGCAGGACUCAAGGCCUUUCGAUGUUGUGGUGAUAGGUGGCGGUCACGCCGGGUCCGAAGCAUGCGCCGCUGCCGCCCGUUCCGGCGCGCGCACCGCCCUUGUCACCCCCAAGAUCGACAACCUGGGCGUGUGCAGCUGCAACCCCUCCUUCGGCGGCAUUGGGAAGGGUAUAAUCCUACGGGAGAUUGAUGCAUUAGAUGGGUUGGCCGGCCGAAUCAUCGACAAGGCGGGCGUGCAGUUCAAGGUGCUCAACCGGAAGAAGGGUCCUGCUGUUUGGGGUCCCCGCGCGCAAAUCGACAGAGACCUGUACAAGAAACACAUGCGGGAGGAGCUCGUCAACUAUCCUGGCCUGAGCGUGGUGUUGGGCAGCGUCUCAGAUAUCGUAGUCGGGCAGGUUCAGGACACCGACGGACACGCCAGUGGCACCAAGAGCAAGAUCACGGGAGUCAGACUCGAGUCAGGCGAGGUUCUUCCUACGAAUAACGUCAUCAUCACCACGGGGACUUUCCUUGGUGGGGAGAUACACAUCGGCCUCGAGGCAUACCCCUCAGGGCGCAUGGGAGAGGCAGCCACCUUUGGCCUGAGCAAGUCUUUACGCGAGGCAGGGUUCCAGCUCGGGCGGUUGAAGACCGGCACACCGCCCAGGCUCGACAGCAAGACCAUAAACUACUCUGCCCUUGAACCGCAGCAGGGCGACGAACCGCCCAUGCCCUUCAGCUAUCUCAACGACGUGGUCUCUGUCCAAGACCAGCUGCUCUGCCACGCAACCUACACCAACGGCGCGACACACGACGUUGUCCGCGCAAACCUUGACAAGACAAUACACAUCCGGGAGACGGUCAAGGGACCCAGAUACUGCCCCUCUCUUGAGGCCAAGAUCGUCCGAUUUGGCCACAAGGAUAGGCAUAUCGUCUGGCUCGAGCCCGAGGGUUUUAACACGGACGUUGUAUACCCCAAUGGACUAUCCAUGACGGUCCCCGCUGAGGCACAGGAGCAGCUGCUGCGCACCAUUGUGGGGCUUGAGAACGUCACGAUGCUGCAGCCCGGCUACGGCGUCGAGUACGACUAUGUGGACCCGCGCAGCCUGCGGUCGACGCUCGAGACCAAGGUCAUCAAGGGCCUGUGGCUCGCAGGCCAGAUCAACGGAACGACGGGGUAUGAAGAGGCAGCCGGGCAGGGUAUCAUCGCCGGCAUCAACGCAGGCCGAGCAUCGCAGGGACUCGAGCCCGUGAGCCUUACCCGCAGCGACGGUUACAUCGGCAUCAUGAUCGACGACCUGGUGACCAAGGGUGUAUCCGAGCCAUACCGCAUGUUCACAAGCCGCAGCGAGUACCGGCUCUCGACGCGCGCAGACAAUGGCGACACGCGGCUGACCGCCAAGGGCCGGCAGUGGGGUGUGGUCUCGGACAGGCGGUGGUCCGCACACACGGACGAGCAAGCGGCCAUGGCGGACCUGACCAAGAUCCUGCAGGGCCACAGCCUGCCCUCGCAGGCGUGGCUGCGCAGCGGCUUCCGCGUGAAAGAGGACACGGUGCGGCGAGACGGCACGGACAUCCUGCGGCUGGCCGGGGUGACGGUGGAGACGUUCGCGGAGCGCGGCGUCAUCCCCGAGGUGAUGGGGUUCCCCGCCCGGAUCCGCAGCAGGGUCGCCAUCGAGGCGGCCUACGCGCCCUACGUCGCCAGCCAGCUGCGCAGCCGCGACAAGCUCGAGCGCGACGCGGAGCUGCGCCUCCCCGUCGACCUCGACUAUGACGCCAUCUUCGGCCUGAGCCUGGUCGAGAAGCAGAUCCUGAGGGCCACGCGGCCCGAGAGCCUCGCGCAGGCCAGGAGGCUGGAGGGCAUCACCCCCGCGGGCUGCAUCCGGCUGCUGGCGCACGUCCAGCGGGGUGCCGCGAACCCGGCCGUUGAGGCUCUCACCACCGAGUUGGAGCCCCUGGCCGCCCCCGGGGAGGACCAGGAGACAAUGGACGCGAAGGCGAGGGUGGCUGAGCUAUAAUGAGGAUGACAGCCACCCCCAGCCCCAGCCCCCACUCCGCCAAAACAAAACAAAACAAAAAAGAGCAUCCGUUUAAAGAUGCUGGAAUGAUACGCAUGCAACAGUACUGCCAGUGCACCGGAAUGGAACAGUUACAAUCGGAAGACCCGAAUCCCGACGGCAUGUUACGCGCAGCACGGCCUCCAGGGCCCGGACUGUUGAUAGAGUGUACAAAAAGUGUACAUACAUCCAAAGACCUAGACUGGGACGGCGUCAAGGACGAGCGCCAGGGAGACGAGAGCCCACGGCCCACGGCCCACGGCCCACAGACGGUCAGCCUAGGGGCGAGAGACGGAAGAGACAAUGUCUCGGGCCAGGGUAGAGCUAGACGACUCCCGUGGGCAGGUCUGAUAGCUGUCAAGGCCACGUUAAGAGGAGGCCGGUCGUACGAACAUGGCUAGAGUUGCCUAGCUCGUACGCUGAUUAUCAUGUCUCAUAACCUGUAAUACCUCCUUCGCGUUAUACGUCUGUGCAUACAUGUAGCACAGCGACUAUGGGAUUCGUCUAUUUAGCGGACGCAACGGCCAGCUUUGUACAGAAGAGGAACAGUGGCGCUCACGCCCAAGGCAGACAGGGCCAUACCCAAUAUCAUAGUCCCCUAUCGGCAGAUUUGUAUGAGAAGGUUUAAGCCAUGAACCCGGGAUCUUGGAAACAAUCAGAUGGCUGAAAUUCUAUAUAUACAAGAAGAUUAGGUUAGGUUUCUUGGGGGCCGUUGAAUAACCUACACACGACACACACACCCCGCGCAUCCAAUGCCUUUGAUAUUUUACACUCUGUAUGCAUAGGUUGUUGAUAUAAUCACGGAAGGAGGCCAUACUCCACGGAGCAGAUCGUCACGAGUGAGACACACGUACAAGAAGGCCUGGCUGAUCUUCGGAUCGACAUCGAGGACCGACUACCUAAGUACCGGGCCCGCUGUCCGCGCGGCCCCACCUGCCGGGCUUACACCACCUGUCCACCACCCUUGCCCAAACCUAGCAGGCCGCGCCCUUGGGUGUUUGGUGUUUCGCCGGACUAUUGCAAGAGCCAGCCCUAGUGAUUCCAUGCGGACAUUAUACCAGCGUCUCACCGGUCGCAAGGGUCGUGGCGUCCUACGCGAGGGACAGGAUCAAACAGAGGGAGAGAGCGCGCGCUCAGGCGUACCAUAGAUGUGCCGCCGACUCUAGCCCUAGCCUCUGUUCACCGACGGACGGGGCACCGCUCCGGGGAUGAAGCCAGAAAUCCCCCGAGGCCCCCCUCGCCGAUCAUUCUCGCGUAUCGAAAGAUUUUCGUCUGGGGUCGUGAAAUUUGGUAGCGAGUGGCAUGCAAGGGUAAAGUGGCCACGGACGGACAUAUAUUGGGGGACUAUACAAUAUCGGAACACCGCCAUCAGUCUACUAUAGGCGAGCCCGAGCGCAGGGAGGCUAGCCCAACCAGGCCUGACGGGAACGUGCCGCUAGCAUCGCAUUGAGAGCUACCGCCUCUGUGGUCAUGU